UUCUUGAAUGAAUUACGUAUGUAUAAAUUCUGUUGUCAUGACAACUUCAGUGAAGCGGAAAUAUGUUUUUGAUAUUAUCAUUUUGUGGGAGACGUUCUAGUAUUUAUGUAUGUGAUUGUGAAAUUUGCGCAAAAUUACUGGUUAUAUUAAACACAAUCUUUUGAACGUACCCAGAAAUAGGAAUGUAAGAAUUUGACAGUUUCCUUAACGCAAAAUGUCAGUUUAGAGACGUAAUAGGUUAUGUUGUCUAUAUUUAGUAAAAAUGUAAUUAGUAACAUAAAUUAAUCGUUCCGUUGGUUUAAAACCAAACAUGACAACUUCUCCUACAAAAACGAAACAAAAAUUGUCUCUACGGAAACGUCUGUUUGUUAAAAAAUCGCCAAAAGUUGGUUGCUUCGUCGAUACAGAUUCUAACGAUGAAUUCACCCAGUCUUCUUCCCGGCCAAUCUCUCCUGCUGAUCCCUUCAUAGCCCAGAGUGCUUAUAGUGCGGACCACAAUGCUGAAGCCCCAAACCAGCAGAAUUCUUCUGCGGAGCCUUUGUGCAACAACGUAAGCCAUGGAGUGGACUAUGCCCAUCACGAAGAAGAGAGUAACCCGAAAUGUUGUCGAACCUUCUUUAGGAGAUCUCGUCCUAAAAGUUUGGUUGACCACCAAGUAUCGAAGGAAGAGGCGCGCUCGAUGCCCGGGAGUCCAGAGAACAAUUCAAAUAGUAUAAGUGAUCAAACAAUUUGCUCCCAAACGAAAUCCGAGGAAAUACCGAAGGCGACAGUGAAGUUUCCAAAGAGUGACGAUAUCAAAAAGUGUUUUGAACAUUCAGGUUCUUUUGAGGGAAUUAAACCAAAGAGUAAAUUAUUUGUUAAAAGAUUAUCAGCUGAUCAUUUAAUAUCUAAUGAGACAAAGCCGCUGUAUCGUGCCUCCUCACCUGAGAGUGAUCGGAGUAGCUCCUUAGACCGCAAAAGGAGGACCAAGUCGACUAUAACACGGUCAGCUUCACGUGCGGGAAGCACCGACAGCUUAGCUCGAAACUCGCUGCUUGCUGCACAAGUCCUGCGUCUCAUUCCAACGCAGGAGGCUCGAGAAAGGAACUACCUCUAUGGACGCCUUGCAUCUCAUUCUCUUUUGGGAGCAGCAGAAUUGGAGCAUGUUUUCCCAGAUAGAGAAGUUAAAAUUUUUGUUGGUACAUGGAACAUGAAUGGACAACCACCACCAAAAGAAUUAGCUGAUUUCAUCUUCCCCAAUCAAGUAACACAUGUGCCAGAUAUAUUCGCUAUUGGAACACAGGAAUCUUAUUCUGAACGUUCAGAAUGGGAGAUUACUAUCCAAGAAGUAUUGGGACCAUCUCACCUUCUUUUACAUUCUUAUUAUCUAGGUACAAUACACUUAAUGGUAUUCAUAAGGAGAGACUUAAUUUGGUUCUGUUCUCUACCUGAAGAUGCGAGUUUGUCUGUCAGACCCGGUACAGCAUUUCGUACGAAAGGUGCCGUAGCAAUAUCCUUCGCGCUGUUUGGGUCGACGUUUUUGUUCGUAACCGCCCAUUUGACUGCACACCAAGAGAAAGUCAAGGAACGAGUGUCUGAUAUCAAAAGGAUAAUUCGAUCAAUUGAUUUGCCGAAAAAUCUACCGUGCAGGCAUAAAAGUAAAGACGUUACAAAUAACUUCGAUUACGUGUUCUGGUGUGGCGAUCUAAACUUCAGAUUGGGUGAACCUCGAGCAGCCGUGUUGCGAUGGAUUGAACAAACACAAUUCCCGUUACCUCACCACUUGCCACAUGGGCUGCUGCACGCGGAUCAGCUGACGGCGGUGCUGGAAGACGGCGCAGCCUUCAGGGACUUCAGGGAAGCACCUAUCACGUUCCCGCCGACUUACAAGUACGAUCCGGGUAGUCAACAGUUCGACACAUCGAGCAAACAAAGAGCGCCGGCCUACACGGACAGGAUAUUGUACAAAGCAAGAUCUAUGACUGCGAACUCGAAUUCUGCGUUCUCAGUUGUUUCAGGGCUGCGUCGCAUCAGCGCGGUCCCCGUGACGUCGGGCGUGAAGUGCCUCGCGUACAACUCCGUGCAGUCCGUCUGCACCAGCGACCACAAGCCCGUCUGGGGACUGUUCUCUACCAUGCUGAGGCCGGGGACUGAUGUUGUGCCCCUCGCCGCCGGCCUGUUCAACAGAGAGGUGUACCUGGAGGGCAUCAAGCGGCGGAGAGCGCUGCUGGACCACGCGCCCGGCACCUCCGCGGUAUGUAACGUUCAAUAACAAUGACUGAACCGACACGUAAGGGAAAUUCUCAGUACUCGACUCGAUACUAAACUGUAACAAUAUUACUGUUGUGCCCAACAAAAUAAAUCAAGUAAUUUAUCAAAGUCAAUAAGCGACACUUUGUGCGCAAAUUUUAUUUUUGAUUGACUUUAUCGUGACCAAAAAGGCUUUAUUAUGCCAAUGUAUUAAAAAGUAUUGCGUUUACCAAAGAGGUUUAUAUUUUUGUUGUUAUUCAUUUACAAUUUUCAAAAUGUUUUAUUUUUAUUAUUUAUUUAUUACGCCCUAAGUUAGUGUAAGUGGACUGGAGUGCAAUGUUGAAAAAGACGAUUUUUAGAUUAUAAAUUAUGCUUAUUUAUUUUAUGAAAUGCUCAUUCAAUAAACAAAAAAGACAUCUAGUCAGUAUAAUGAAAUACAUCAGUAUUCGUUACAAUAAUAUUAUAUGAAAGUAGCAAUUUAAUAUUAUUUACAAAUGUAUUAUAUUAUAAUUCCAUUGAGCUAAAUUGUUUAGUGUAUGCAUAUUUUUAUUCAUCAAAUUAAUAUUAGGCUUUACACAUAAUCAUUUUGGCUAUAGCUUAGCAAUAAAAUUUAUGUGAAAUAUUAUUUGGAUGUCUAGUAUCUAAAUCCUGUUUAGAAAAGUGAGCUUUUAGGUUGUGGUCAUCUAUAAACUACGUAGGUUGCUUACAGCGUCCAUUUUGGCACGUCAUAAUGUUACAGAAGAAAUUUACCGUGUAAUGUUUUGUGUAAAUUAAAUUGACGUCAUUUUGGCAAAGAGAUCAUAGUAAGCCUCGUUACUCGGUCUACGGUGCGAGGCUACGCAGCGCCACGCUGGACUGCUGUAGGCGACAAAAUAUGGCGUUUAUUGAAGGCCAUGCCCAUAUUAUCAUAAACGUAGGUAUUCGUGGGGUUUCUAAAACAGUACUUAAUUAAAAUAUUUCCUGCCUUAUAUCACUGUGUUAUACCGUCGUACGAGAUGUUAUGAACAUUUCUAAAUGUUGAUAAAAACUAUGUUAAUUAGGUGCUGUGAUUAGUAUUCGUCUAGUCUGAUGUCCAUUCCAGUUACCUAUAGUAUCGCAAUAAUUAAACUGUUAAUUUAAUAACUAUAGUUAUACAGUGCUCUGAGAUCUCACUAGAGACUAAUACCGAGACUUACUGAUAUUACUUUGACUUUGAUACUUUAAUUAAGCUCUCCAUUCGAAUGUGAACCCUAUUGUCAACUUCUAAAGUCCAAAUUUAACUACAUCAUUAAUGUGGCUAAAGGAAGGUUUCAUCUUCCUGCAUUCAUUUUAAUAUAGACGUUAUAGUACACAAAUAAAGGUCAUAUUUCAACGAAAAGCUUCUUCAAAUGAAAUUAAUCAAAUAGAUGUCAGUAAAUUUCGCCAGUCUCAAUACAUUAUCGCACAAAAUUAAGGCGCAAUUUCGUCCGUUAUUACGUCCUUCGUUUUGUAGGAUAUAAAACUAAAUGAGAUGUUGAAAUAUGAAAUAAAGUUGCAAACUUUUAUGUACAUGUUUAUUUGAAUAUUUAAUAUACUUUAGUAUAAUGUUUAAAAAUUCUAACAGUUAUGAGGCAGUUCGUCUAUUCAUUCAUAUGUCGAAUAUAGAAAAUCAGUGUCAUUUUUCAUAGAGUAAUUUGUUUGUGGUAUUCAGCGUUUGUUAUUCAUUAAUAUAACUUCUUUUAUGAAGACUAACAUCAAUAAUUUUUUCAAAAGUUUUCCUUGAAAUAGCGUUUUGAAACAAGUUAUUUUUGUCAAAAUUCUAUUUGGAGUAGGAAAUCUAUGGAAAUGUUAUUUUGUCAUUAUGUAAGUCUCUUUGGGUGCCAGUCGAGGAUACUGCCAAACUAAGUAUCAAAUAUUUCGUAUUAAUACAAAAUUCUCACUGACCAAUCCUAAUAUUCGUAUUUUUGACUUAAAUAAAAAAAGUCCCGAUUAAUAUGAGACGAACAAAAAAAUUAGAAUGUUGUAGCAGAUUUGAUGUUAUUAAAUAUGUGGGAUUAAAUAUAAAUAAAAAGUUACGUGUUUAUCUAUUUUUUCAUAACUUUUUGACAGUUAGUCUGAUAGAUGAAGAAUAAAAUUUUGACUGUGUAGUUCGUCUAGGCGUAGGUUUGUAUCGUCAAUUGUCUGACUGUAUAUCGACAUCCAAAUUAUAAUAAGCCAGAAAGUACUCGAAGGAUAUUCAUUAGUCACUUUACCAAUACAAGCACUCAAUAUUCAAUCCGGGAAAAAAAAAAUAUAUGAAAAAAUCUCCAGUUUAAAAUUGCCCUCAAAAUUUAAAGAUGUCAGAAAUUUAAAUCAGUCUGUCUUCCAUACUUGUACGUAACAUAUUAAUGUAUAAUUUUUCGGGAUAACCCUGAAUAUAGCUUCAAUGUUAUUUACAGUAUAAGUGUAAAUUCUAAAACAGUACAGUCACAGACACAAUGUUUAACAUUAUAUUUGAAAAGUACCUUCUAUGAAGUUACUGAAUCAUUUAUAAUAGAAUUGUGCUUGCGAUUGUCCUUAAAUAUUAUUGAGCGUGUAAACUUUUUUGAUCGUCUUUUAAAUAUUUCAAUAAUUUAAUAUUAGAACUUGCUUUUUGCUAUAUAUGACACUUAUUUUAGCAUCAUGCUGUAGUAAAAUAAAUUUAAUAUCGCACAAGGUUUUAAGUAGUUAUUUCUUCUGUUUCCACUUAUAUUUUAAUUAUUUACACAAAGAUAUGUACUGAGGCUGGAUAAUACAUGAUGUUCGAUAAAAAAGUACAAUGUUUUAUAAGGAUUUUAUAUCUACAUACAUACCUAAUGUUAUUUUGUUGGUAUACACAUUCGGUAUACACGAUUUCAACAUGGAACUCGAAUGAAUAUCUUGGAUAAUUGUAUACGAGAAAAAUAUAUCAAAUGUGUAUGGAAAACAAACAAAGAUUAUAUUGCUAUCAAUUUUUAUUUUGUACAAGGAUUUUUUCUGUAAUAGUAAAUAACAAAACAUAAGUUAUAAUAUUGUUAUUUUUUACUUUGGAUAGACCCCUGUGAGAUGACUGCGAUGGAACAUUUAUUAUUUUCAAAUCUCACAUACAGCAAUAACUCGGUGAAAUUUGACUUGAAUAAAAAGAAAUAAUUUAAAAUUAUUUGUUGUGUAACUUAUUAAUAUCUAAUAAAUAAAAUAUCAUUAUUAAUAUCAAUUUAAUAAUAAAUAUUCUGUCGCAAUAAUCUAGUGUUAAGUGUGAAAUGAUUAUGGUUUUCAUUCAAUGAAAUGUUUUGUCAUUAUGUGAAUUAUAUUGCUAGUCCAUAUUUUAUAGAUAUACUUAAGUUAUAACUUACUUAAGUCAAACAAAUGUUAUGCUAAAUAUAGUAAACUUUCCUCGC